GUCGGAUUAUGGAGAAACGCUCGGGAAUACGUACUGAUACGUUCGUAUUUAUUUACGACAAUUAUGUUUAUCACAUGGAUAAACGUUGCAAAGGAACUUAUCGAUGCUCCUCGCGUCGAAGUUUAGAAUGUUACGCGUUAUUGGCCCAUCAGCCUAAUGGGAUGUAUAUUUUGAAAUCACCACACAAUCAUCCGCCAGAUGAUACAGUAUUUGAACAAAAUAAAAUUAAAUAGGAGAUGUUGAAAAUGUGUCAGGAAACAUUGAUGAAACCGAAAGAGAUAUUUGAUACUGUAUGCCGAAGAUAUCCAGUAGCAGCUGUACAUGUAUCUUAUUCCACUGUGAGAAACUUUCUCAACAGGGAACAAUUACGUCAAAGGCCGGAAACACCGCAAACUAUUGUUGAACUAGAUGUAGUAUUGAAGAAUUAUCCACCAGUUCAAUAUAUUUUUAAAGGAAUAAUAUUAUCUGACGAUGGUUAUAGGGCAGUUAUAUUUGCGAGUGAUGCUCUAUUGGAUCUUUUGGUAUCGACAACCGAAAUUUAUAUGGAUGGUACAUUUAAGGUAGUUCUUCGAAUGCCAUUAUUUGCGCAGUUAUAUACAUCCAGUAUAUGGAUACGGGCAUAGCUGUUCUCUUUGCAUUGUGUGAAAAACACACGACGGAAAUGUGUAGUGCAAUUUGGCGGAAAGUAAAGGAGCUGCGUCCAAAUGCACUGCAAGAAGUACGAUCAGUCAUGAGUGAUUAUGAACGCGUGGCAAUGAUAGAGAGAUUUUUCCAGAUGCACGAUUAACCAGUUGUUGGUUUUAUUUCAAUCAAGUACGUAUAAAAUUUUAAUAAUAAUGCUUUAAUACUUAAUAAAUAUUUGAUAAUCUAAGUUUUUUUCUACUCAUUUUAACAUGCUUGCUAAUUUUUAUUUAAAUAUUUGUUGUGCAUUAAGUAUUAAGACAUUGGAAAGGCUUAACAUUAACACCUGCUCCAAGGAAAGUUCUUGGUCUCACAAUGGCUUUACCGUUGGUUCCGGCUGACAUGUUCGAACAAGGAUUGUAAAUAAUUCAAGAGGAAGCCGAUACGAUAUCGACACAAUAUCCAGUAGUGUUGUAAUUUACUUUUUAUUUAAGACCUACUUGGCUGCCUUUAAGGGGACCGUCUACAUUAGAAGGUAAAAAAAUCGAUGUUUUUUUUCUUGCUUAAAUCGAUAGUAUUUCAUCCGUAGAACAUGCUCCUGAAGUCUCAAGUAUGGAUUCAAAUUAUAUCAGGCCGAAAAGAGCACGUGCAGUGUGCACGUCCCGAGCGCUCCGAACGGGACGGCAAGUAAAAAUCCCUAAUGGUCUUUGAAAAGGUACAUUGCCUGCUCGGAAAGAAUUACUUGAGAGAUGUUUAGGUGGGUAUACACAAAAUGCCAAUGAAAGUUUUAAUGCGACGAUUUGGCAACUGACCCCAAAACACUUCCAUUGCGGCCGCAAAAUCAUUGAAAUUGCUGCCUAUAUAGCUGCUGGAAUUUUCAAUGAAGGCUAUUUGUCGGUUCCAAGAGUCAUGUCAUGCAUGGAAAUAAUUAUUAGACCAAUAUGCACAGAUGUUGCGGAUAGAAUAAACAACAAUCGCACGAUUAGCCAAAAUCGUCGUAGCAGAUCUGUUGCGCAGGAAACACGUACUUACGACAAACAAUGGCUGUUGGAGAAGAAUGAAUUGUAUGAGGACACUGAGAACAUUUAUAUGGAGCAGGAAUAGUAGAUUAAUCGAAAAGUACGGAUAAACAAUCAUUAGUAAGCUUUUAUCAACCUUUUUCUUUGAUUGCAAGCUUUAAACGCGUUUUUCUCGAAACCACUUUUUUCGAAACUGCGUACACGAUUAAA